UUGAUACUGCUGUAAAGUUUAUAUUUGAUGUUAUAUGCUAGCUGAACACUUGUUUUGACUUGAACCAGAUAGCUUGUUUUAGACUGCUGUUCAAUGGAAGUUGAAAGCUGCCUUUUUCUUUCUUAUCCUCAACGUCACGCUGGUUCCAAAGUUUCCAAUCGAUUAUGCCCUAUCCCCGGACAUGAAUUUUUACUGGCGCUUCAUUUACAUCGUUUUUUGUCUGUUCCUGAUACGUACGCGCUACUACUACGCAUGGCUGAUGGCGGACGCGAUUUCCAACGCAAGCGGUUUCGGCUUUUCAGGCAAAUGCGAAGGUGGAAAACCAUUGGCUGAGCCAAACUGGGACUAUCUUUCAAACGUUCACGUGAUCAAAUUCGAAACGGCGAAUAGCUGGAAGGAGUGCCUGGAAGCGUGGAAUUGCAAUACAAUGCAGUGGCUUCGACAAAUCAUGUAUGUCCGCUUGCCUGUACGCUAUCGAACUUUUCUGACGUACGUAGUGAGUGCUUGGUGGCACGGCUUUUUUCCAGGUUACUAUGUGACGUUUUUCACUGGCGCACUGGUGACCAUCGCUGCUCGAAAUGUAAGACAGUUAUUAUUGUUAUGUUUUAUUUAAUU